GUGUUUAUUUACCUUCGCCAUCGCGACGUCAGACCGAAUUGAUCCGCGUACCCGCGCGCAGUCGAGUGCCACGAGACCGCGACGCGGCCCGUCGUUCCGUCGAGCGCCGACGCCGCGCCGCGCCGCGCGAGCGGAGUUGCCACGCUCGUCACGGCAGGCGGAGGACGACGCAGAAGGUAGACAAGGUGGAAGAGCGCGCGUCGGCCGUCGAGGCCUUGCGGUCUGUCACCCACGUAAGCCGCGGCCGCCGUCGUCGUCGCGCGAGGUUGCGCCGUGCGUCCACAUCGCCGUCGGCCGCGCCGCUCUAACCUAUAGCCGAGGGUCUCGACCACUCCGUGCCGCCGUCCCGGGGAACCUCUGCUCGCGCACGGCGCGUCUGUCUGCGCCCGAUGUCGCGCCACCGCUAGAAGGCCAGGCCGCGACGAGUAUGGGCGACGAGGACGACGUGCUGCCGGCGCGUCUGCAGAGGCUCGAGAUCGACCGUCGCUCGACGAGCUGUCCCCACAUCGCAAUGGCGGACAAAUCGAAGACGAUGAAUCUGUUCAGGAUAUUCAGCGAGAAUUCCAACGGCAACUGUUUACUCCGAAGAAGAUCCGCACCCAACAGGCCUACCAUGUUCCCAGUCAACCCGAGGGGUAUAAAAAGUACAACGAAUUUCAAGCCGUCUAAAAACGAGAGAACGGUCGAGAAGACCAGAAGGAGCACCAUCCUGAGGGACGCCAUUCUAAAGUUAAGCGCUCCCGGAACCAGCGGUCUUAGUGAUAACCCGGUAGAUACGCUGCUCAAGGACACGUGUAAGCUCAGUAUUCCCAGUAAAAAUUCCAAGAUAAUCGACCACAAUUCGGUCAUGAAGGACUUCAAGGCGCUGAGGAUCAGUAAAGACAAUAGGCAGGUCAAGGACGACACUAGUAUUCAGGACGACGACUGCGAGGGCGCGGCCGGUUUCCAUCGUGCGCGCAGUAACACGAUGCCGAACCUGAAGAGAGGCCCCGGUCCGGGCGGCGGGGAACAGCGGACGGCAACGGGCAACAGCGGACAGUCGGACGCUAGUGGCGGCUCGCCUGGCCAGCAACAAUUGUCGAGUUCACCCAACACCUGUUCGGCUCAGGCGCGAAUAUCGCCGCCCCUGUCGAGCGACGUCACGAUCGGCGAGCUCGCCGGCUACUUCGAAGAGUUCGUUCAUAUUCCAAAGAAGAUGUCGCAUAUGGCGGAGAUGAUGUACACUUAAUAAUUGUUAAGUAUCUCGAAUCUAAUGCAUACAUCGGAUGCAGAUUCGUACACUUCACUUUCUGUAACGAUACUUUGUAUUUGCUUGCGUCUAAUUUAAUUUUUCCUAAAUUAUUUUUUAAUGUGUUCACAAACACAUUGGCAAGGAAAAAAAACCGUUUACUCUCGCUCCAAUUGUGUACAGUCGUGAAAAUUGUUGAGCUAUUUUGUAUAGACCUUCGGAAAAAAGGCGUAGCGAGAUAUUGAAUGUACUUUCUUCUGCAUUGUUUCUGUCCUCUCUUUUUUUUUCUACAUCAUCUUUGUUGUGCACUAUAUUUGAUUUCUUUAGUGUAUAAAAGGGAAAAUGGAAUAUUAUAUUACCUGUAUUUAAAAAGAAAACUUUUGUAUUACGAGAGAAGAAUAAUUGGUUUUAGAAUAAAUCGCAUGAAUUGAAA